AUGAAGGCGACUUUUGGGUAUGGAUAUGUUAGUCAUAAGGACCAACUCCAUGAUAACCCAAAUGUUGCUCUUUUCUUUUUGGAGGAGAACAUCCACAAAGGCACAAAGAUGAACUUGCACUUCAUCAAAACAAGAAGAAAAUAUGCCUUCUUGCCUCAUCUGGUCGCAAAAUCGAUCCCUUUUGCAUCCGAAAUAAUGCCUAAAAUUCAGAACAAAUUCUCAGUCUCACCUAAUUCAGUGGAAGCUGAAGCAAUGAAGAAAAAACCAUACAACAGUGCAAUGGUAGAUUUCAGUACUUCCAAGCUGGGGAAAAGAGUUCAAGCAAUGUCCACGGAGGUGGAAAGAGAAACUCAGCUGCAGAAGUAUAGUCUUAUAGGUAGGGUUUUGGCAUUGGUGGCUAGCCAUGCAGCUCUACCUCCUGAUCCCGAGGAUUGUUGGAAGUUUGUGCUGCAAACACUCCCAUGCCCAAAGCAGUCAAGGAUAUUCUACACACUAGUUGAAGGGUUGAAAGACAAAAGCACUUCGGUUGUGGUGGGGAAGGAUGUUGUAGACUUAGAGACGGGUAUGAAGGGGGCUUUUGGUUAUGGAUAUGUUAUUCAAAAGGACCAACUCCAUGAUAACCAAAAUGUUGCUCUUUUCUUUUUGGAGAAGAACAUUCACAAAGGCACAAAGAUGAACUUGCAGUUCAUCAAAACGAGAAGAAAAUCUGCCUUCUUGCCUCUGGAAGCUGAAGCAAUGACGAAAACCAUAAAGGAGUGUGAGGAGCGUGGCAUCAAAGGGGAGGAACAAUAUUCUGCCACUUCUUUAGAGGCAAUGGUAGAUUUCAGUACUUCCAAGCUAGGGAAAAGAGUUCAAGCUAUGUCCACAGAGAUGGAAAAAGAUACUCAACU